GGCUCCGAGCCACUCCGGUGAAGACCGAGGGCUUUGGGAGAAAUGGCCAGAAGGAGGCUCUGCUCAGGUACAGGCAGUCAACCCUUAACAGUGGGCUCAACUUCAAAGACGUUCUCAAGGAAAAGGCUGAUCUCGCCAAGAGUGGAACAGGAACCUCCAUUCCAAGACCCCUGUGGAACACGGCUGUGAAUGUGAAAAGAAGGUUCCAGAAAAACUACAGCAUCCCAGUGAAUUAUUUAAUUUACACCAAAUGUAUUUGUUUUCCUGAGAAAACAAAUAGUCUUUCAUCUUCCGGGCUGCCCUUGAACUCACCACCCAUCGAAGAUGACCUUGAUCUCCUGAGCCUCCCACUUCUGUCUUCCAGGUGUUGAACAACGUGUGCUGCCUGACCUGGCUUCCUCUAAUCUUAAAUUAAAAGCUAGAGCAGCCUGUUGUUGUUGUUGUUGUUGCUGUGGUUGUGGUUGUUGUUAUAGGAGACCACAUAUCACUGUUCAACCUUUAGCGUACAGAUUAAAUAUGUCAGCAACGAGAAACUCAGAUACUCCAGUUUCCAAGACUCGGCUUCCAAAAACACGGCCUAAAACAUACAUCCCACUAAUAAUUUUACAUCAGGCACACGUUGAAAUAGCUUCAUAAAUUGACUUUACUAAAUGUAUUAUCCCAGCUAUUUUGACCUGUUCCACUUUUGAUGACCUUAGGGAAACGCUUCAAAGUUAUGUGACUGGGCGAGAGAGUUUGGACAGGCGUGGCGGUUGGCCACCCAGGCUUUUUAUUUUGAAGCAGAACCAACUUUUUAUGAGGCUCAGGUGUCACUCUCUUUUCUGGGGAGAAGAGUCUCACGGUAGAGUACGGCACACAGGUACAGUUGUAAGGCGGCCUGUAGUCAGACUGUGACUGUGACGGGGAAAGAAGAGUCUAAAACAGGCUACACCCAUAAGGAAAGGUAUCCCUGCUCAGAGCAGGAUCCUGAUAGUUUAAUAAGUGGUCCUUCCAUCCUGUGGGUCCUUUCUGCUGUCAGGAUAUCGCCAUCAGUAGAAGGUGUCAUGGUCACUUCUGACGUGGAUUUUAUUGAAGGGGUGUGGACUUGGAUCUGACUCGUUUUUUUCCCCAGAUGGAAAUGCUGUAUUUCCUGUUCAGCGUGACCUCUCUGGGUUCUGAAAAAUACAUCACGGCGAGCUGGGGGUGGAGCUAAGUGGUAAAGGGCUUGAGGGGCAUACCCGAGGCUCCGAGUUCACCCUGCUCUUUGGAAUAAAUAAAUAAAAACAAGGUUGAGAAGAACUACGGGAUGUUUCCUAUCAAGAGCUGGCGGAGACGACGCAUGCUCUUCGCUUCUCCUUGAACGGCUCAGACUACGAGCGUCUGCUGAGAUGCGGAAAUGAUAAUAAUUUAGCUUAAGGCUCAUUUGUGAUUUAUUCAUUUGGAUUUUGGGGGUUUUGAAUUGUUGCAAAACUAUGAGAUUUCUCAUGCUGAUGUGAGUGAGUUCUGGCAACAAACGGCCAUCCGUUCCACCUCAAGGCACCGAGCCUUUCAUCUUCUCAUUGGGUGUCCCUGGCUUAUCGCAGGAAUAUUUUCAUAUUGUAUUCUUAGAGUAUAGCCCACAAGCCGAAAAGAGGGCUGGCAAUUUUAAAUCACAAACAAUAGGACUUUUUUCACGAGAUGUCAACUCUCUGCCUAGUUACACCGUUCGUGGUCACAGAUAGAGACAAUGUGGUUAAUCAAGCCAGCUCAUAUAAGACAAGGCAGUUCUAGUGGUGAAGUUCAUAAAGGGCAUGGAAUUCACCUCCGGCAGAACUUUCUGGAUGAAUAAGAUUCCUAUCCCACCACUGUCCUGAGAGUGACAGUAGGAACGGGUCGGAGUCUAUAAUACACUAAUGUCAGAAUGAAGCAAAUGACCGACAUCCUUAUUCCGUACCGAGCAGGCAAGAUGGCAUAGCCGGUGAAGGACGCCUGGAGACGAGAGUUUGAUACUUGGGUACCAAUCAAGGGUAAAAAAGAAAAUUGGCUCCUCAAACUUGACCUCUAAUCUCCAUAGUCACAUGCCGGCCCCCUAUCACAACGUAAUAAUGUGUAUAUGCAUAUACGUGUAUUAGUCAAUAUUCCAAUGUAUUGUAUAUAAUAUGUAUAUUGGGAAAAUAUAACUUAGUCUAUAAAUCGAGUGUCUGCAUGUGCUUCUGGAAUAGAACCCAAGCCCAGGGUUCUUCCCUAAGAACUGACACAUAGAUUUUCAUAGGGAUGUGGUCCUUUCCCAGACUCGGGUCUAGAGCUCCAAAUAGAAAGUGUAAUAUGUGUUUUCAUGGGAAGUCGAUGGUAUCUUUCCCUUGCCUCUGGAAAGUACCUGCAAUGAUUCUGUUCUACAAAAGUUAUUGUAAAUCAGCUACUUCAAAAAACUACUCCGGCAAAAAAAAAAAUAUUUCCCAGCGUCCCAUGCAAAUCCCAUGGCACAGUACAGCCAGUAGAGUCAGCCAGCCCUCGUGAAUGUCUCCUUCCGAAAGUGACUCGGGCACUUUGAGGAGUUAAGGAACCCUGAAAGAAGGUUGAUCAGUGCUCAUAUAUUUGACAAAGACCGUUGGAUUGACUUCCUCUAAAAGUACAAAGCCACCAUUCACUUAAGAACAAACCCUAGGGCAAGAUGUGUAGGUGAAAGGCAAAGUGUGCUUUCCCACCUCAUUUCUUCUUUAUUUCCAGAGGUGGACACUGUCAGCAGGAACGGGCUGUAGUUAACAUUGUUCCACUGUCCCAUGAUAAACGUACAGUGGCCAUGUUGUCUCCUCAGCUCAUUUUAGAAUGUCUGAAGGAGUCUUACUAUCGUGGCAAGCCUUUGAAAACACCUUUUAGCAGAGUACCUUUGGCUGUGGACAUCUAUUUUUUAGGGCUUAAUUUUUGAUAUAUUGGGUUUUAUAAGCUCACUUACAUGUUCCUUUGAAGUGAUCUUUCCUCUUCUGGUGGAAAUGCAUUUAGUACUUGACCCAUUCAAUAAAUACUCUAAAUAUUUAUAAAACAGUGAGGUUUUGUCUUUUACGUAGGGAGAUCUGCAUAUAGUUUUUCCUCGAAACUUGGCUCGUUUCCUGUGAGCAUGAUUUUAAAGCUCGUGAUGAGAAACCUUUUCUUUACUUCUUUCCUCACAUCAGGGUCAAUCUGCCAAUGACGUAAUUAAAAUACUGUCAAGGAAAGAAAUGAACAUCGACCCUGCCCCACCUUCAUCUCUUUAAAAUAAAUUUCAAAAUAUACGUGUGAGUGAGCGAGUAUGUGUGUGUGUGUGUAUGACAAAGUAUAUAUGAGUGUGUGUAUAUGUGUGUAUGAGAGAGUACAUAUGUGUGUGUGAGAGUGUGUGUGUGUAUGAGAGAGUAUAUAUGAGUGUGUGUGAGUGAGUGUGUGUAUGAGAGAGUAUAUGAGUGUGUGUGUGGUGUGUGUGAGUGUGUGUGUUAGUGAGAGAGAGAGAGAGAGAGAGAGAGAGAGAAUAUAUGAGCCUGUGUGUGUGUGUGUGAAUGUGUGAGAGAGUGCCUGAGUGGGUGUGAGUGGGUGCAGGUGUGUAGGUGUGAGCGAGCGUGGACUGUCAGGUUCGGCAGAGGGUUUGGUAAAGUAUAUAACAAGUGUUAUCAGAGACUGAGGUCUUAGGUUAGGAAAUCCUAGAAUCCCACCAUUUUUAAACCAACCUCCCUAUCUUUUGUGAUACUAAUGACUGGUGAUUUUACUAUUAAUUCCCUUCAUGUAACUUGCUUAUUUUUACUUAAAUCGUGAUAUUAAAUGGGAAACUUGACAUUACUGCUGUUAAUAGAAAGAUCCAGAUAAUUUUCCGCAAUUAGCAAUAAGGAUAAAUAGACAUGUGUAUCCCUGUACCACAUAAGAUUGACCUGUCCUAAUUACAUCUCUGUUGGUACGAUAGAAUAUUUGAACCAAAACACAAAUUUCGGGAGCAAAGAGUUUAUUUGGCCUUAGUUCCAACCAGAUAUAGAGUUCAUCGAUGUGGGGGAAGGUGUGACAGCAAGAGUGUGAGGUCAAAAUGGUAAGCAGGAAACAGAGAGGUCACAUUUCAUCCCCACACAGGAAGUAGACAGCCAGAACAGGAAGUGAGGUAAGGCUGUAAAAUUCCAAAGCCCACUCCCAAAGAUGUCCUUCCUCCAGCAAGACUCUGCCCCUUAAAGCUUCUAUAAUUUUUUAAACAGUGCCAAACACUGCGAAGCACCUGUUCAAACACUUGAAGCCCAGGGGGCAACAUUUCAUAUGCAAAUCAGGACUCUAGGCUACAACAGGUGUAUACUUCUCUCCCUCCCACUCCCACCCUGCCUCUCUGAGGCUUUCCUCAUGCACAAAAGCCUAACCUAGAUUGUUGAUUGCAAGGAAGGCCACAUGCAAGCCUGUCAGCAGCAAGUUACACAUUCUGUAUUCCGUGAUUCUCUCUCAUACCGAUCUAUUAGCUCAGAGGCAUAACUGCUCCCAAGGUGGGAAGGUUAAAAAACAAGCAACAUUCAAGCUUACACCUAAUCCUUUGUGGAUCAGUUGUCCUAUAUCUUAAGGAGCAGAAGGCUAGAUGCAAUGCUGUAGAAACAGUGAAAUAGGAAUCUUACCUUCUUAAUACCUGCAUUUUAUGGCUCUGUUCAUCCCUAGUUCCUGAGUGGGACUAGGAAAUAGAAGAAUCUCAAACUCUAGACUGUUUACAUCUUGGGGUGAGUAAAGGCUAAUCAUUGUGGUUACCUGUUGUGGUUUGAAUGUGAAGUGUUUCCACACAGCCUCAAACGUAGAACACUGAGUUGCCGACUGGUAAGCUAUUUUGGAACAUUCUGUAAACUUUAGUAGCCAGAAACUAGUGGGAGGAAAUCUCAAGUUGCCAGGCCAAGUCUUUGAAGGCUAUACCUCACUCCUGUUUCCUUCCUUGUCCUCUACAUUCCAAACACCAAAAAAUGAAGACCCUCUCCAGCUACAUGGUCCCACUGUAGUGACACUCUACCCAUAAACAUAGGGUCAGGGUAUCAUGGACCGAAGCCACAGAAACUGUGAGCUGACAUAAAUCCUUCCUCCCUUACAGCUUACAUAGAGUUAAUUACAGCUACUGCAUGACUCUGUCCUCGAGAGCACUAUUCCUGGCUAUAACUUGUUUCUAUACAAUUUUGCUAGCCAAGGGUCACUUGCUGACCUUGAAUUCCCCAAAUUGGCUGAAUUAGAACAACUUACUUGCCUAAGCGUGGGUCUUAAUCUAAGGAAAAGGAAAUAAACACAGAUUUAGACACAAGGGUAUUUUAGCAGUGCACACACACACACACACACACACACACACACACACGUGAGGCUCACAUUGCAUAAUGCUCUUGUUGCAUAAUUGAUAAAAGCACAAGGUCCGCUGUGUAGCCUCAAGGUCCUGCUGUUGUCACUAGUUAUUUAAGUACACAUGCUUUAGGAAGCUUUAGGACUCAGUUGAGACCCUUGGGAGUCUGAGCGUGAUGUGCGGCUCGAGAAAUAGAUGUAGAUGUCGAUGUAGGCAUUUGGACUCUGGCCUGGUUCUGAAGUCAAGUCUUCAAAUCGACUGUAUGCCAUCCUGCUCUCCGGUGAAAGCAAGCUGCAUGCCAGCCAAGUAAACCACCAUGGACUCAAAACAAACGCAAGACCAAGACAGUCUAACGUUAAAGGAGUCAUUAGAAGAAUGUACUGGAAUAUAAUUUUUCCUACCUGUGAUCGAGAUGUUAAAUCCAUUGAACCGGAGUGACUCAUGUCUCAUCGCCAAGACUUACAUAUGAUCUUAGAGGGAAGAUGAGGAAGAAAACAACGUGAUUGUGCUCAGUUACCCUCAGUACUGUCGGUACCGGUCCAUGCUUAAACGCAUCCAGGAUAAGCCAUCGUCCAUCCUCACGGACCAGUUCGCGUUAGCCCUGGGGGGCAUCGCGGUGGUCAGCAGAAACCCCCAGAUCCUGUACUGCCGGGACACCUUUGAUCACCCCACUCUCAUCGAGAACGAGAGCGUGUGUGAUGAGUUUGCGCCAAAUCUCAAAGGCAGACCACGCAAAAAGAAAACAUGUCCCCAGAGAAGAGACUCCUUCAGUGGCUCAAAGGACCCCAACAAUAACUGUGACGGUAAAGUCAUCAGCAAGGUGAAAGGGGAGGCCAGGUCAGCCUUGACCAAGCCGAAAAAUAACCACAAUAACUGUAAAAAAUCCUCGAGUGAAGAAAAGCCAAAGUUGUCCAUUGGCGAAGAGUGCAGGGCAGAUGAACAAGCCUUCUUAGUGGCCCUGUACAAAUACAUGAAAGAAAGAAAAACGCCCAUCGAGCGAAUUCCCUACUUGGGUUUCAAACAGAUUAACCUUUGGACUAUGUUUCAAGCUGCUCAAAAACUGGGAGGAUAUGAAACAAUAACAGCCCGCCGUCAGUGGAAACACAUUUACGACGAGUUAGGCGGUAAUCCUGGGAGCACCAGUGCGGCCACUUGUACCCGCAGACACUACGAAAGGUUAAUCCUGCCGUAUGAAAGAUUUAUUAAGGGGGAAGAAGAUAAGCCUCUGCCUCCAAUCAAACCUCGGAAACAGGAAAAUAAUGCACAGGAAAAUGAGAAUAAAACAAAAGUCUCGGGAAACAAACGCAUCAAACAGGAAAUGGCCAAAAACAAGAAAGAAAAAGAGAAUACCCCCAAACCCCAAGAUCCGUCUGAGGUCUCAUCAGAGCAAAGAAAGGAAGAAGAAACGUUAAGCCAGAAAAGUGUCCCAGAGCCUCUCCCAGCUCCAGAAGUAAAGAAGAAACCAGAAGGGCACAAGGAUCUUGUAGUGAGGGCCCCAGUGUCCAGAGCAGACCCAGAAAAGGGCAAUGAAACUGACCAAGGUUCCAACUGCGAGAAAGAAGCUGAGGAGGUGGGAGAUAAGGGCCUUGCCCCUCUGCUCCCAAGCCCUCCCUUGCCCCCCGAAAAAGGUUCGGCUCCUACCCCUGGGGCUGGCAAACAGCCCCUUGCCUCUCCCAGUGCCCAAAUGGACUCAAAGCAAGAAGCCAAACCCUGCUGCUUUCCAGAGAGCCCUGAGAAUGACCUCCAGGGAGCACCGUUCUCCAGCCUCCCCACCACCGAGCAACCACUGGCCGUCCAGCCUGAAGCCGAGGAAGAGAAGCUUCCUGCCAUGGCUAAUUACAUCGCCAACUGCACUGUGAAAGUGGACCAGCUGGGCAGCGACGACAUCCACACUGCCCUCAAGCAGACCCCGAAGGUCCUCGUGGUCCAAUCAUUUGACAUGUUCAAAGACAAAGACUUGACCGGCCCCAUGAAUGAGAACCACGGACUUAACUACACACCCCUGCUUUACUCCCGGGGCAACCCUGGUAUCAUGUCCCCACUGGCCAAGAAAAAGCUUUUGUCUCAGGUGAGUGGGGCCAGCCUCUCCAGCAGCUAUCCCUAUGGCUCCCCACCCCCCUUGAUCAGCAAAAAGAAACUUAUCGCCAGGGACGACCAGUCCCAGGCCCACCACAGCCAAAGCUCUGAUCACAUGGCCAUCAGCCGGCCAUCCGUAAUCCAACAUGUCCAGAGCUUCAAAAACAAGGCCUCUGAAGACAGGAAGAGCAUCAACGACAUCUUCAAGCAUGACAAACUGAGCCGGUCUGACGCCCACCGCUGUGGCUUCUCCAAGCACCAACUCGGCUCCCUGGCGGACUCCUACAUCCUGAAACAAGAGGCACAGGAGAGCAAGGAUAAACUGUUGGAGAAAAGAGCAGUCUCCCACGCCCACGUGCCCAGUUUGCUGGCCGAUUUCUACUCCUCCCCGCAUCUGCACAGCCUCUACCGGCACACGGAACACCAUCUUCAUAACGAACAGUCCGCUAAGUAUGCCGCUAGGGACGUGUACCAGGAAUCGGAAAACGGCGCCUUUCUUUCUCACAAGCACCCAGAGAAGAUACACGUCAAUUAUCUCGCAUCUCUCCAUCUGCAAGAUAAGAAGCUGGCUGCGGCAGAAGCCUCUACCGAUGAGCAACCAACAGAUCUGAGCCUUCCCAAGAACCCACAUAAACUGACCAGCAAAGUCCUGGGCCUGGCCCACUCAGCCUCAGGAUCCCAGGAGAUCAAAGGCACCUCCCAGUUCCAGGUCAUCAGCAGCCAGAGCCGAGACUGUCAUCCCAAAGCCUGCCGGGUAUCACCCAUGACCAUGUCGGCCCCUAAAAAAUACCCCGAGUCACUUGCGAGGUCAGGAAAGCCUCACCACGUGAGACUGGAGAACUUCCGGAAAAUGGAAGGCAUGGUCCAUCCCAUCCUGCACCGGAAGAUGAGCCCACAGAACAUUGGAGCUGCUCGCCCCAUAAAGCGCAGUCUGGAGGAUUUAGAUCUUGUGAUCGCCGGGAAAAAAGCCAGGGCUGUGUCUCCCUUGGACCCAGCCAAGGAGGCUUCUGGGAAAGAAAAGGCCUCCGAACAGGAGAGCGAGGGCAACAAAGCAGCCUACAGUGGGCAUUCUGGGGCUGCAUCGGAAGGUCACAAGGUCCCCCUCUCCUCCCCUAUCUUCCCAGGUUUGUAUUCUGGUAGCCUGUGUAACUCAGGCCUCAACUCCAGGCUCCCGGCCGGGUACUCCCAUUCUCUGCAGUACUUGAAGAACCAGACGGUGCUUUCUCCUCUCAUGCAGCCCCUGGCUUUCCACUCGCUUGUGAUGCAAAGAGGAAUUUUUACAUCGCCAACAAAUUCUCAGCAGCUGUACAGACACUUGGCCGCAGCCACCCCGGUAGGAAGUUCCUACGGGGACCUGUUACACAAUAGCAUCUACCCUUUAGCUGCUAUCAACCCUCAGGCCGCCUUCCCGUCUUCUCAGCUGUCAUCCGUACACCCCAGCACAAAACUGUAAGCCUCGCCGCGCCCAGCAUCCCCAAACGGUGUGGUCCAUGCACCGAGCCUGCCUGGAGGGCUGGUUGCAAAGUUGGAAGUCAGUAUCCCUUCUAAAAAGGUUUCGUCCCAGCCAUAGAGGUGAACGUACCUACCUUUUCGGGGACAACCCUAGGCUGGCUGGCCAGUUGUGACCUCCCUUCCAACACAGAUGGCCUCGGGCCUCCAGGUCCUUGUCUUUUCACAUUGGUCUUAUGAAGGGAUCUGUGGUCUAUCCUAGAAGAACGCAGAGGACCCCAUCAGAUUUGGGUGGUAAGGAAGCGACUGGAGAGUAAAGUUGGGGAGGCAGGCUUUUCAAAGGCAAGGUCAAGAAAGACUGGCAAGUAAUAACCAGGGGACGCCCGUCUUUUUUCAUCAAACUCGCCAAGUUCAAUCAAUGCAAUGUACAGUAAAACUUAAAGAGACCUUUCAUUCUGACACUAUUAAACAAUCCAGAGAAGGAAACACUGUUAAACUGUAUAUACUCGCUUCUCUAAGCUACCCGUAUCACUGUUCGCUCCCUAACUUAUAUACAGGUAGUUGUGUUUUCUCCCGGUCCCUUCUUGUUCCUGCCCUGGGGUAUUUUCGGUUUGUGUAUCUGUUUGUUUGUUUGUUUAUCUGGGUUUUGUUUUGUUUUUUCUUUUGUUUUUUUUGUUUUGUUUUUUUAAAUUAAACAGAAUCCCUUCUGUUCGCAGGUCCCUCUGUUUUCGUUUUGGUUCGUUUUGUUCUGUUCUGUUUGCAAGGCUGACUGACUCUCUCCUGGUUGUCCAUGUGUAUUUUAUCAACCCCUUCCCCUCCCCCCCUCCCCCCACCGCAUCUUCUUUUGAGCAGCUUUUGGGUGGUCAAGUUAUUGUUUACAAGUUGAAGCAACUGAUUUUAGUGGAACAGACUGUAAGGAACCCCUGGCGAACACAAGCUGGUUUCAAGCCUGUGCCUUUGUGGGUCUGCGCCUCGAGGAUUCUGUCCCUCCCUGGUGGGAUAGUGGAAGGAGUUGCUUGCUUGCUUCUGCAGCCAAAGGCUUUCCUUUGAAGUAUUGGAUUAUGUGAAAACCUUUAAGCACUGCACUCACCUUAUCUAGGCUGUGAACCCGUCCUACAUACCAGAGAACUCACAACACAAAAACCUUGUUAGCUGAAAAGCCACUGAGUGGACCCACUUACGGGCUGAGGAGAGGUUUUAGGAAUUUCAAAACUUAGGGCAAGAGCCAGAGGAACUCAUGCCGGUGCUGGAACUGCACCUUUUAAACGGUCUGCAGAGAGGGGGCUUGGGAAGGAUAGUGUGUGACUCUUCCGCAGGGGGGAGGGGCUACCCAAGGUCUGACCACUGGGCAUCCCAGCCAGGCCUUGGCCUGUCAAGGGACAGGGCGAUUGUCAUCGUCAAGAUUCUCUCGGGUAACAUCUUUGAGGAGUGAUUAAGAGAGCCAUCCUCGUUGGGUGCCUAGGGCCUGGGUUUGAUGAGUAUUUGUACCCACAAGGUGGUUUGUAUCAAGUUUUUCACCAUGUGGCCAUACUGUCAGCUUUGGGGGUCUUUUGACUGGCACUCUUUGACAACCGAUUCUGUCUGCUCCCAAAGCACAAAAUCUGCUACGCAUAGUGAGUGGAGCCUUAGCACACAUUGUCCUUCCCAUCUGUGUCCAGCCCUGCCGAAAGCUUCUUUGAUGAGGUCCCCAGCCCUCUGUCCUCUUCUUCCCCAACCGACACCAGUAGACUAUAGGACCAUAGUUAACCAAGUCUCAGUCUCUCUCUCUCUCUCUCUCUCUCUCCCUCUCUCUCUCUCUCUCUCUCUCUCUCUUUACCUCCGACAUAUUUAAGUCUAUGAAACUUGAUGACGGUUUUCAACAUCUCUCAAUAGGUAACUCAGCUACAAAAAUAAUCAAAACCAGUGACCGUGAACCCGCGGCUCUAACGCAAAGCCAUGCAUGCCUCUCGUUCCUAUUGAAAUGUCCUCAUGAUAUGAAGCCAAAUAGUCCAUGUAGUAACAUGCUAUCCAAAGGUGGAAACAAAAGAAUGUAGCGACCCAGUGUUAAGAGUUCCAUUUGCUUCAGUUAAUUACUUACCUUCCUGUGGAAUAAUAUAUAUAUAUAUGAAUAUACGCUAUAUAUUUAAUAGGACCAUAGAUAGAUUAGUAUAACUUAGCUCACACAUGUGCACAUGUAGAGUGCUCUGCUGUUGCACAAGAAAGGGUGUGUGUGUGUGUGUGCGUGUGUUGGAGGUGGGUCUCAAUUCCAGCCAGCAUGAGACUGGCCAGGACGCAGUUUGAGAAAGUUACACUAGAUUGAAUAGCCACAGAAUCAGAAGAGGAGAAAAGGAACCGGGGAUUCUGUAGCAGACAAUGGGCUGGAUCCAUACAUGGUCCCUGUGAAUUCAUUUCUCAAAGAAAAAACGGCCAUGUCUGCCCCCACACAAAAAUACCCCACCACCACAAGCUCACCCAUUUGCAAGAUGGGGCAAUUGUUUUCCUCAGUGUGGUGAUUCAGUGUGGAGAUGUGUCCAUCGAGUAGGAAUUCGGUCACACCAUUUUCAAACAAUGUCAACAUAAUCCAGCUAUUGUUUUUCUCACUAUUUCUGUUGAAGGGAGCUGGGACACACACACACCCCCCCACCCGAAAAACAUCAGGACAGAUGCGAAGACCUGGGGGCGGGGGUUACUUUCCCAGUAGAAGUGGUGUGUUAUUUGUUUUAAAACUCCAAACGGAGAUCUUGGAAAUCUUUCAAAAAGACCAUUGAAUUUCUCAUUGCCUGAGAAGGACAUUUUUUAAAAGUCUUAAAUCUGGCUUUGUUUGCAUUGUUUGAGUUCAAGGGGCCUUAUUAUUGAAUGGCAUUGCACAAGCCUUUCUUUUUUGCAAGCAAACCAUUGUUAUUAGUUGUUCUCUAAAGGAAAUUGUGGAAACCAAUUGGCACCGGAGUCAUAAAUCCAUUUACCAAGUGUGGCUUCCGAGAAAUGUUGCAAUUCGGAAUGCACCAAGCCCGUGAAUUAUUGGGGAUUUGAAGAUUCCAAAUAAUAUUUAAAAAGAUGUCAUUUCCAGGCAACUUCAGGGGUCUUGCUUUUGGAAAUUCAACUCAAAAAUAAAACAGAAAGUAAAAAUAAAAUUACCGCAACAGCCCAAGCAAACUUUAGGCUUCAAAUAUUUGUCUGAACAUGUCUGAUUUAAACAUGUAGUAUUUGCCACAGGACAAACUGGUUUAUUUCCUAGCUAGAAGUUCCUACUUUUGCUUGUUCAUCAGGGCAUCUAUAGAAGGGUUUGUCUCAGUGUUGAAUUCACACAGCUUUGCGACCUGGUGCGUGCAUGACUCCUUAGGUACUGUAUUUCACUGUGUUGGUGUGUCUGAUGGACGUUUCAAGGUGGUCCCACAAAUAUAUUUUAUGUAGUGUGCCUUCAAAGAGAACCAUUUAUCUCUCUUCUCGUGUUGUCCCACUAAGUUACAUUUGGUGGUGGCCAGCCAAGUCCUGUGGGGUCUGAUCUGACUCAUUAUCCCGAGCUGAGAAAGUAACGGGAAUGGUUUUGCCCCAGUGAGACCCACACCGCUGGAGUAGGGACUUUGAGCACCUCCACUCUGGUGUUGACUGUCGAUGUAUUGAUAUUCUGCUCGUCUCCCCUUGGCGGAAAGGACUCUGAAAAAAAAAAUAGCAGCGUAAUCUCUUGGCUGUUUAUACUUUUUUAAACCUCCCCAUGCUGUAAAUAUUGUACACUCUGAGUAACCCCAGCUCUGUAACCUUGAUGCUCUGUAAGGUGAUAUUUGUAUAUAGCAACCUGGCCCAGUGAUGUUAUAUAAUUUCCCAAUGGAGAGGUUAUUGGGUAGCCUUGGCGUUUAGUUUUAAACACUACCAGAAGAAUGCUGAGCCAACAAUAAACACUCAACUUUGUAUGUUUUCCAAAUUGUACUUAUUACUGCUUUUGAUACUGUAUUCUGUGCCAAUAGUUUCCCAGUCACAUAGCAGGCAAGAGAUAUUUUGUACUUUUUGAUCCACUGUAAUAUUUAAUAAAAAAUGUUACUAUCUGUUU